AGGCCGCCGGACUCCAAUACCUGACGUGAGUACAGAUCUACUGGUUUCAAUUCCCGUGGGUUUUGGUGUUCAGUGUAACAGGCCUUGCUGGAGACCAACUGUUUGAAAUCGUCUUAGCGUAGGGCCUAUAUAUCUUGCUGUUCAAAAGUUUCAGAUAAUUUUCAAAGGAAGAAUCCAUCGCCUGGUCGCCAGUCUAAAAGUGAUUAACCAAGCUCAUGUGAAAAAAAUACCGAGCCGCGAACCAAAACUGACACGCAUAAUAGGCCUAGCCCUACGGCAAUAUUCAAAAUGGCUGAUACACCUCCGACUAUGUCAACCGCUAGACGAAGGGAAAACGUGGAUGGAGGAUGGGCCUACUUGAUCCUGUUGGCGGCUUACGGCUAUUUCUUCGUCUUCGCUGGAAUUGGAAAGAGUUUAGGUGUGCUGCUCCCCACCUUAACGGAGCAGUUUGAUACUCAGACGUGGCUACUGGGAGCCAUUAUCUCCAUUAUAAUGCUGAUUAAGGACAUAUCAGCUGUCCCAUCGGCGCUAUUGAGCACGAAACUCCCGGUGCGAUGGAUCUUGAUAGCGAGCAGUAUCGUUGCAUGUUGUGGGAUAAUUGGUGCGUCUCUUGCUCAAACCAUCACCCAGUUUGCCGUCUGCAUGUCCGUGUUAUCAGGACUUGGGUUUGGCUUCUGCUCCCCCCUAAUGCAGACACUUGUCGGCCAUUACUUCCAUAAGAAGUACGCCUGUGCUAACGGGUUUGCUACGGCCGGCAUGCCACUGGGUGUGAUGGCAAUGGCACCUCUUACACAACUUCUCCUGGACGUCUACGGAUGGCGUGGGGCUCUACUCAUCUUGGGAGGGAUCUCGCUUAACUUGGUUGCAUUAACUCUCCUAACACGACCGCUUGUGAGUCACAAGGCAUCCACCGAUGUCGAGUCUGCUUCAUCAGAUCUCAGACGAAUGUCCACCGAGGGUCAGCAGAGGAGCGCCCGGCUCUUGGAGCAAGGCAAUACUGGCGAGCAACAGCGACGCCGGUCGUCCAUCAGAUCCCUAGUGGUUCGACCCGCUGCCAUCAUCAGCUCGGGUGGUAAACAGUUCGCCAAAGCGUCCGAUCUCUCCCUCUUCAAGGAAUUCUCGUUCGUGGUGGUCGUAAUCGUGUGCUGCAUCGUGAGAUUUACGAAGACUGCCUGGAUAAUCUACUUCGUGCCACACGCCAUCGACAUGGGAUUCGGCAAGUACGAGGCCUCCCUGUUUGUCACCGUCAACAGCGUGGGGAACCUGCUGGGGAAGAUCGUUCAUGGCCCGCUGAUCGACCGUAAGGUGGUUACCAGGAAAGUGUUACUGAUUAUAUCCACGACCGCGUCUGCAGCCGCUCUCUUUUUGGACCGUUUCAUGGUGACCGUUCCGAGUAUGAUCGUUGGGCAGUUGGUGCUCGGCAUGGGCGUGGGCAUCGCUGCUUCGCUGUUCGUCAUCGUCAUCCGCAAAGUUGCUGGUAUCAAGCGGCUGGCCAACAGCCUUGCAUGGGCCAGUGUUGCCUCUGGACUGAUGAGAUUAUUGGCUGGGUUUGUGCCAGGCUGGAUUUACGACCAGACAAAUAGCUACAACGACGUGUUUCUUGUGGUGGCCUGCGUGACGAUCGUCUGUCCUGUGGUGGUUAUUGCAGAGGCCGCCGUCUACAAGUUUUGCCGGAAGAAGGCACCGUUAGAUGCACGAUGGGAAGGCGUGAUCUCCGAUGACGAUAACUGAAUAUGCGCAUUCGGGAGAUGUCAACGGCUGUUUACAUUCCCCUUGCUACUACCUCACGUAUAGUUUGCAAAAACUGGCUGGCAGUCAUUGCAAAAACAGAAGAAUGAUUUUCAGGGCUUAAAAUAGUGUCCUGCAAAGUGCGAUCAAACCAAUGGAUAAUUAAAUGACAAUACUCAAUGCAAAAUGAAGAUAUUUUCUUCCUAAGCAAGAGCGUGUAAUAUCUUGGGGGUUUUCUUUAUUUUAUAUUCACGGUUGAAAAUGAAAAGUGUUGUUGCCCGUCGAGAAUUUCGAUCCAUGUUUGUGACCAAAAAUGGUUCUGAAGGAAACGAAAAAGGGAGUUUUGAUGAACCGAACAUUGUGAUAAAAAACAAUGCACCAGUUCUUCCUUUAUAUCAGCCCUGUCACUUUGUCAGAUGCACUUUGUUUGUGGGAAGCAAGUAAACAAAACAAAAAGAGCACAUCAUUACCAAAUAGUCAGUUGGCGUCAUCUCCCAUAUGCAAUAUUAGGUACAUUCUUUGAAAAAUUCAGGGAUAAAACCCAAAUCCUCUUGAUGACAUUUUUUCCUACCCCCAGAAGAUUGUUUUCGCCGGGUAUUGUUGUUGAGCCAAAAUGAAAAAUGUACAAUUGAAUACCAAUUUUACUCCGCUGUUUUGUUGGCGGGCGUCCAUUUAGGAAAAAAAAAUGGCGAAAUAAGCCCAAAAGGAGCUAUUUAUAAAGACUUUUUGCAGUAGAUUAAAACCUUGAGUUGAGAAUUACAUGUUGAAACACAAUUUUUGACAAACUUUCUCUUUAAGGGAACUUGGCCUGAGCAGUAUAAGCAGUAAAUUAAAAACAAAGUCCAAAAUAUUUUCGCUUUUAUGCAUUUUGUUUAAAAAAACGGGCAAAGUACAAUUUUGUCCAUAAAUUCCAUUUUGUUUCACUGCAAUUAGAAAACAGAGCCGGAACGCCUUUUCUUUGAGGCAAAUGUGACAAAGGGGGUUCUUUAGGGUGGAUAAAUAAAUAUAUUACAAAUAUAUAAGGGAAGAAAAAAAACAGGAAAUGAUUUUAGUAAAUUUGAGUAAACAAUCACAUUUUGUGUCAGUUACAAUUGUCAAAUGAACAUAAAGCAAUUUGAGAUACGUUUACAGAUGUGUGUAUAAUAAAAUAUACUUUUAUUUCUCUGAUUUCAGACCAAAACACUUACAUAAAUAUAGCCUUUCGUGUGAAAUCACCAAGUUUUCCUACCACUAACUGUGUUAGGCCAAAAAAAAAAAAUCUCCGGUUUCUGGCAUGGAGCUUGCCCCAAAAGUGGUGCGGCGACGCGGCUGUUUUUUUAAUUUGUUUUUCUUCAAAUGUCGGCUGAUGACUGCAAAU